AUGAUUUUGUAUUUCUCUCUCUCUCUAUGCUCAGUGCUUUUGUUUUCUACUUCUUCUUCUUCCUCAGGUGACUUUCUCUUUCUUUUCUCUCUCUCUUGCCAUUUUUCUAAUUAUUUUUGCUUUCUACUUUUCUUCCCCUAUCAAAUAACUUCCUUCUCUCUUUCCUCAUUGUUUUUGUUUCUCUCUUUUUCUUCCUCCCCAAGUGACUUCCUAUUUCUUCUCUCUCUAUUUAGUCAUUUUUCUUUUUGUUUUCCCCACUUCUUCCCCUCCCAUCUCACACACCUUUUCCCCCACAUUUAUAUUUUGUUUACUGCAAUAACUUGGCUUUCUAGUUUUGUCACCUUGGCAUCUUUCUUUUCUUUCUUUCAAAUAUAUGAAACCUCUUCUCUUUCUUCCAAAUAUCUGCAAUGCUUUCUUUCUUUUUCACCUAUAUAUAGUCUUUUUUCUUUCUUUCUUUCAAAAUAUAUGAAACCUCUUCUCUUUCUUCCAAAUAUCUGCAGUGCUUUCUUUCUUUUUCACCUGUAUAUAGUCUUUUCUUUCUCUUUCUUUCAAAUAUAUGAAACCUCUUCUCUUUCUUCCAAAUAUCUGCAGUGCUUUCUUUCUUUUUCACCUAUAUAUAGUCUUUUCUUUCUCUUUCUUUCAAAAUAUGAAACCUCUUCUCUUUCUUCCAACUAUCUGCAGUGCUUUCUUUCUUUUCACCUAUAUAUAGUCUUUUCUUUCUCUUUCUUUCAAAUAUAUGAAACCUCUUCUCUUUCUUCCAAAUAUCUGCAUCUUUUUCUUUCUCUUUCUUUCAAAUAUAUGAAACCUCUUCUCUUUCUUCCAAAUAUCUGCAAUGCUUUCUUUCUUUUCACCUAUAUAGUCUUUUUUUCUUUCUUUCAAAUAUAUGAAACCUCUUCUCUUUCUUCCAAAAUAUCUGCAAUGCUUUCUUUCUUUUUCACCUAUAUAUAUGCUUUCUUUCUUUUUCACCUGUAUAUAGUCUUUUCUUUCUCUUUCUUUCAAAUAUAUGAAACCUCUUCUCUUUCUUCCAAAUAUCUGCAAUGCUUUCUUUCUUUUUCACCUAUAUAUAUCUUUUCUUUCUCUUUCUUUCAAAUAUAUGAAACCUCUUCUCUUUCUUCCAAAUAUCUGCAGUGCUUUCUUUCUUUUUCACCUAUAUAUAAUCUUUUCUUUCUCUUUCUUUCAAAUAUGAAACCUCUUUUUUUUUUCCAAAUAUCUGCAGUGCUUUCUUUCUUUUUUCACCUAUAUAUAGUCUUUUUCUUUUCUCUUUCUUUCAAAUAUAUGAAACCUCUUUCUUUCUUCCAAAUAUCUGCAGUGCUUUCUUUCUUUUUCACCUAUAUAUAUCUUUUCUUUUCUCUUUCUUUCAAAUAUAUGAAACCUCUUCUCUUUCUUCCAAAUAUCUGCAAUGCUUUCUUUCUUUUUCACCUAUAUAUAGUCUUUUCUUUUCUUUCUUUCAAAUAUAUGAAACCUCUUCUCUUUCUUCCAAAUAUCUGCAGUGCUUUCUUUCUUUUUUCACCUAUAUAUAGUCUUUUCUUUUCUUUCUUUCAAAUAUAUGAAACCUCUUCUCUUUCUUCCAAAUAUCUGCAAUGCUUUUUUUUUUUUUCACCUAUAUAUAGUCUUUUUUUUUCUUUCUUUCAAAUAUAUGAAACCUCUUCUCUUUCUUCCAAAUAUCUGCAUGCUUUCUUUCUUUUUCACCUAUAUAUAGUCUUUUCUUUCUCUUUCUUUCAAAUAUAUGAAACCUCUUCUCUUUCUUCCAAAUAUCUGCAGUGCUUUCUUUCUUUUUCACCUGUAUAUAGUCUUUUCUUUCUUUCUUUCAAAUAUAUGAAACCUCUUCUCUUUCUUCCAAAUAUCUGCAGUGCUUUUCUUUCUUUUCACCUUGCUUUCUUUCUUUUUCACCUAUAUAUAGUCUUUUCUUUCAAAUAUAUGAAACCUCUUCUCUUUCUUCCAAAUAUCUGCAGUGCUUUCUUUCUUUUUCACCUAUAUAUAUCUUUUCUUUCUUUCUCUUUCUUUCAAAUAUAUGAAACCUCUUCUCUUUCUUCCAAAUAUCUGCAAUGCUUUUUUCUUUCUUUUUUUUCACCUAUAUAUAGUCUUUUCUUUUCUUUUUUUCAAAAUAUGAAACCUCUUCUCUUUCUUCCAAAUAUCUGCAGUGCUUUCUUUCUUUUUCACCUAUAUAUAGUCUUUUCUUUCUCUUUCUUUCAAAUAUAUGAAACCUCUUCUCUUUCUUCCAAAUAUCUGCAGUGCUUUCUUUCUUUUUCACCUAUAUAUAGUCUUUUCUUUUUCUUUCUUUCAAAUAUAUGA